CGAUGAUGAACGCAGAAAGGAUACCUUAGACGGUAUUUGUGUGAGUCACUCAAGUGUAAUUUGUCAGCUGGAGAAAUAUCAAGGACAUAUAAGGAUUCGGCAUCACCCCCGUUGGAUGGAAACAUUCAUCAAUCAGAGCGAAUUUCAUUGAGCCUCGGCCCUCGAUACACGCACGACAAUUUUUCCACAACCUCCAAAGAGCUUUUCAAUAUGUCCUCAAACUCAGAAAUUGAAUAUGGCUUCACUCCGGUAAUCUCUUCCGCAUCAGCCCUCCUCUCCGCGGCGAAGCCAUCCAGCCCAGCACCUUUUAUUUCCGUAGCCGAUACUCCCGUCCCCCAAACUGCCUUGGCGCAGCGCAUCAAUCAGUAUGCACGCUCCCAUCUGCCUGAGCCUACCUACAACCACUCUCUACGGGUGUAUCACUACGGUCUUGCGAUUAAGCGAUAUGUGUUCCCUUCUUGGUCUUUUACCGAUGAGACCUACUUUCUCUGCUGCUUGUUACAUGACAUUGGGUCGACAGAAGAGAACCUCACGAAGACGAAGUUAAGUUUCGAGUUCUACGGAGGAUUUCUAGCUUUAGACGUCCUGCAGGACCGUACUGGAUCAUCAGGAAAUGCAGUUGCUCCUCGUGAUCAGGCGGAGAGUGUCGCUGAAGCGAUUAUCCGGCAUCAAGAUCUGUGUGAAGAAGGCAAGAUUACUGCCGUAGGUCAAUUGCUGCAACUGGCCACUAUAUUUGACAACACCGGUGCUUAUGCCGACAUCGUUCAUAAAUCGACCAUUGAGGACGUGUCACGGCAUUACCCGCGCAAACAAUGGAGCAAUUGCUUCGCAGCAACUAUCCGCCGGGAGAACGGGCUUAAACCGUGGGCGCAUACCACGACUUUGGGGGAGGAAGCCUUCCCGUCAAAGGUGCUAGGGAACUCCCUGAUGGCACCAUACGAGCAAUCCGGCAGUCUGUAGUGGUCUCAUAACAGUGGGAUCUCGGUGAAUGAAAACAAUGCGUUACAAAAGCCGAUUCAAAACCCGUACAACAUUUGAGACAUAGCCUAGUAUCAAUUACUACAAAUUGCCAAUUUCUUU